UUCUAUCUUCUGGUAUGAAAUGCUUGGCUUUGUAAUUAUUAAUAAUUAAUUUGAGUAACUUAUUACAUAUUGAUUGGUAAAGCACGGUGCGGUUGGUAGUUCUGAUUGUUUUGCUUAGCGCGCGCACCCCGCCCACAAAUGGCUGUCAAGUGCAAAAGUGAAUUGAUAAAUUAUUUUAUUAUAUUUUAGGAAAUUAGUACGAUUUAUGUAUGAGUAUAUAUAUUAGCUAUGAAUAAUUUAGAUAGUGUAUAUAUUUUAUAAUAAGUGAGAAGGUUUUAUAUUGCCGUGUCCGUGUGAAAAUACAGUAAAAAUAAUCAUGUAUGGAUGUAUUAGUAGUUGAAUUUUUAUAAUUAAUUCCCAGCUGGUCUUAACCCGUCACUUGAUUUUAAAUUGUGAAUAACGUUGAUAAAAAGCAACAUCUUACAAUGGUCCCUUGUGCCAUACACUGAAGUUACUGUGAACUAGUGAAAUUCUUCUGGCAGCCAGUGACGAGGCGUCCCAAUGCAUUUUUGGAUAGAUAAACGCAGCCAGUGUGCCUACACCGGCCGUCAUCGUGUCCCAUCCUCACUUUCUGCUGGGCGAGCCCGAGGGCGCGUGUGUGCGAGCGCGGGCGGGCGCAAGGGCAUGGCGGCGCCCGUGCACCGCUUCGCCGCCGUCGACUGCCCGCCGCGCCGCCCGCACCGCCCGCAUCGACAUGCUGGGCCUCCACCGAUGCCCGCGGUCCACUCUUCGCGGCGGCAGAAUGACGAGCCGAGCUUAUACGUGGAGAUACCAGCGGAGCCCCCGCAGCCGACCAUCGCCAGCCUCGCGGCCGCGCGCUCCGUCACCCCCGACACCCUGCUUCGGACCGCAGCCCUAGGGCUCCACCACUCGCCCAUGAUGGCACCCCACUUGAAGUUCGGGAUGCUGGUGUCUUUCGCGCUGGCUACUGUGUUCCUGGCGGGGGCGAAGUACUACUUUGAUCGGCAGGUGGGCGUGAUCCGCGAGCGCGGCGGCGGCGCCGGGGCCGGUGCAGGUGGCGGAUCCGCGGGCGUGGUGUGCGCGGCGGUAGCGUGUGUGUGCGGCGUGGGCUGCGCGCUGUCGCUGUGCCGCGCGCGCCCGCCGCCGCCGCUGCCGCCCGACCGCGUGUCCAGCACCGCGCAGCGCGACAGGCAGCCACCACCCUCAGAACCAUCGGACGACAUAUCACUCGCGACCCUCCUCCAAUCGUCUGAGCGCUCGCAGCCUCUAUCGGAAUCCCCGGAGGCGCCGCCCCCGUACAAGAUCGCGGUACUGAUGCCCGGGCGCGACGCUAGCCCUCCGCCCCCCGCAUACAGCUCGCUCAGCUAGCUAGCGCCGCCCGUGACUCAGGAGUUCAUCAUAUAGACUGCACGUGAGGGUAAGGUUCAACUUUUUAUAACACCGAUAAUCUUACAGGAUUCUACCAAAUAGUAGUUUUGUUUUUAUAUUUGGCAACACUGGUUCAGUUAAAGUAUUGCCAGUUUGUGGUAGCUUUAGUACUUUUUGUGAAAAAUAAUCUGUUUAGUCAUAUUUUUACGACAGUUAUGUGAGUGCACUAUUCUAGAAAUUCUGUGGCUUCCAUUAAGAUUAAAAGAAGCCAAAUUAGCAAUAUCCGAGAUAUAGAAUAAUUUGCAUUUAAAAUAUUUUUACACGUAAUUUUAAUGUUUAAAAAACCCAAGAUUUAGUAAGUCUAGUCCAAACCUUACCCUUGUAGUCUUAUGUAAACGUUACUACCCUGACUCACGAUAAAUCACCAUUUACGAAUAAAAUCACAAAAAUGAUCUUAAUAUCUUCACGAUCACACUUUUUGAAGAAUCCCACCCUUUCUUAUGAUAACAAGGUUUUCCUUCCCUUCCCAAUAUUUAAAAAAAUAUGGCACUGUUCAAUAGAAAUUUGUACCAUUUUGGUAGUUUUUGAACGAUACAAAAGUAUAUAGACUAUUUUUAUUUUCUUCAAACUGGAUGUUAACAUAUUUCGGUGACCCAACUGUUUGUAACACAUAAGUGAUUAACUAAUUAUAAUCAUAUUGGUCUAUUAACCGUCUCUGAAUCCAGAAAUGAAAUUGGCUUUAGAUACAUCAUCUGUCUAGCCUUUUCCCAAUGAUAUUGGGGUCAGUUUCCAGUCUAACUAAUUGCAGCUGAGUACCAUUAGCAGUGUGUUACAUACAGUUGGUUCAAAAAUAUAAAGAAAUGAACUGUCUUUUUAAUGUUUAUGUGUUGUACAACUAUGGGGAAUUUUAACAAUAUUAAUUGUGGUAUGUAAGUAAUUUUAGGAAUAUAUUGAUGAUUGUUAUAAACCUGUAUGGUUAUGAGGAGUAUAAAGGACAUUCUAUCGCCUUCUUUACCAUGUUGAAUAAUUAUUGGCUUUUUAACGCCAGUAUAUGGCUUAAGGUUAAGUAAGUUAUUAUUGAUGGUUCAAUUAAUUUAUUAAAAUUCCCUAGAAAUAAAAUAUUUAGGUAUUGCACUUAAAACAAUGUCAUUAAAUAAAAUUGAAGUGAGAACUGCAAGCCAAAGUCAAUGUGAACCAUGACUAAGGAAUUACUUAUGUGUGUUAUAUAAUACAUAACGGCCAGCCAUUAUAUAUAAUUGCCGUCAUCAAGGCUUGACAAGAUACUUAACAUUUUCUGUCCGUACUAGACCGAUCUCGAUGUAACUAACGUCAUUAUAUAGAUGUACUUUAGGAGUUAUUACAAUUAUCACGCGAUCGUUCGUAAGUUUUAAAUGUAAAUAACAAUAAAUACGGUGUUCAAUAAUCGGCAAAAUAAUUGAAAUAUUUUUAGAAUCGUCUCGAAACUAGUUUUUUAUCGCAAUUAUAACGAUAGAGAGAUAAUUUAAAACCCCAUUUAUUCUGUACAUGGUUAGUAUAGUAUAUAAUUAUAUUUAUAUAGUUUAGUAUGUCUGUGGUAAGCGAAUAUGUAUUUAUUGUGCUGAUGUCGUCCGAAUUUUGUAUUCAAUUUGCGACCGUUUUAGGUAAGACCAGUCUUAAAUCAUUGUCAACUUGUGUUAGUCCAGCUAAUCAUGAGACUCCUAUUGUUUUGAACAAACAGUUACAAUACCCCAGCAUCAAAUAGUCAUUUUAACUACAUAGUUUGAUAUAAGUUCAGAUAAACUUGUUUAUCUCUCUAAACAUGAUUCUUUCUAUGAGAAUAUGGCGCAAAAACAGAGAGCAAAAAAUCAAUUUUAUUUAACAAAUCCAAUUUGAAAGAAACCUGAAAACCUAAUUAUAUCACAGGGUUGCCAGAUGAAGGCAAACCAAAUACUGCCAAAGUAAAAAAAUGCUUAGUAGUUUUUCAAGAUUUCAUGCACUUCAAGUUCAAGAACACAAAAAAUAUUAGUCGUUUCGAAGAACGACAGACGAAGACUUAAAAAUAUGAGAAAUAUCUGGCAGCCCAACUGUUUUAAAUGGACUAGUCGCAUUUGUAUAUUUAUAUUUCAUAAAUAAAUGGCGAAUUGAUAACAAUGUAAGUGGUGUUGUACUUAUUUAUAUAAAUAUUAUGUUAUUUCUAAUAAAUAAUUUUUGCGUUUCUUUGAGAAUGCCAGAACAAUUGACUGAGAUUUCGACGCACAAAGAAAAGUUAUACCGAUUGGAGUUCUGGUUGUCUAGUUAUUAUAAAAAAAUAGACUUAUGUUGUAUUGCAAUAGAAAUUGUAUCUCUUACUUAUCUGUUUCUUACUUAAAACCCUGUAUAUGCAAUAAUAAUAACAGACGUAUAAUACAAGAAUGAUUUUUGGUCUGAUUAAUAGGACUAACUGAUAGAUGAUUAGAAGUAAAAGUAAUUUCAUAUUUCGACAAGAUAUAAUUAUAAUUUAUAUGUAAUAAGUACAGCACCACAAAAUAAUAUAAGUCUAGUCAUGUUAGCUCUAAUGAAUGUGAUGUUAUUUAGUUGAAUUUUUACUUUGUUGGCGUUUACAAUACUAUUGUUUUACAAAUGAUCCCUUUUAUAGAAAAGGACUGAUCGGUUCGUCUUUUAUAACAGACGCUUCGUUAUUAAAGAUUGUAUAACUGUGA